GUGUGCUAAUUUGACAAUGUGACUGCUGUGAGGACCGCGUGACAGAGUCUAGAACCGAUACUGUACAUCAAAAUACUGUACAUCUCAAUAAAGUUUUUUUACAAAACCAAAAGAAACUGUCAUGGCGACGCCCACAGCAGACAACUGGAGUUGGUUUCCUGCAUUAGCACUCGGCGUUUCUUUCCUGAAAUGUAUUUUGAUAAACGCAUAUCAUUCCACAGACUUUGAGGUUCACAGGAACUGGCUCGCCAUCACUCACAGCUUUCCUGUAUCAAAAUGGUACCAUGAGAACACCUCAGAGUGGACCCUGGACUACCCUCCUUUGUUUGCCUGGUUUGAGUAUGGCCUGUCCCACGUGGCUCAGCACUUUGACAAGGAGAUGCUGGUGGUGCAGAAUCUCAUCUACACCAGUCCUGCUACCGUCCUCUUCCAGAGGCUCUCUGUGAUCGUGACGGACGUGGUCUUUAUUUACGCCGUCAAAGAAUGCUGUAGAAGUGUGAGAGAGGAGAAGGGUUCCAAGGACCUCCUGGGGCAUCCAUUUUUCAUCCUGGCAGCUCUGCUCCUGUGGAACUUUGGCCUCCUCAUCGUUGACCACAUUCAUUUCCAGUACAAUGGAUUCCUGUUUGGAAUACUGCUGCUAUCAGUGGCAAGACAUUUACAGGGCAGACACCUGGAGGGGGCGUUGCUUUUCGCUAUUCUCCUGAACCUGAAACACAUCUACCUGUACAUUGCUCCUGCCUACGGGAUCUUCUUGCUGCGGAGCUACUGCUUCACCGAGGACAACACAGAUGGCUCUGUGAGAUGGAGCAGUUUCAGUCCUGUUCGUCUGGUAGCUCUGGGAUCUAUCGUGAUCUCUGUCUGUGCCCUGUCCUUUGGCCCGUUCAUUGCUAUGGGCCAGCUCCCCCAGGUCCUUUCCAGACUCUUCCCCUUUAAGAGGGGCCUGUGCCAUGCCUACUGGGCCCCUAACGUCUGGGCCCUCUACAACAUGGUGGAUAAAGCUCUGUCUGUGCUGGGUGUGCGUCUGAAGCUGUUGGACGUGGCAAAGCUUCCCAAAGCCUCAAUGACCGGUGGAUUGGUGCAGGAGUUCCAGCACUCUGUCCUCCCCUCCAUCUCUCCCUCCAUCACACUCAUCUGUACUCUGCUCUCCAUCAUGCCUGCGGUGUUGAGUAUCUGGCGUCGUCCGCGUGGUGCCCGGGGGUUCCUGCGCUGCCUGGUGGUCUGUGCCCUGGGCUCCUUCAUGUUCGGCUGGCACGUCCAUGAGAAGGCCAUCCUCAUGGCUAUACUGCCCUUCAGCGUACUAGCAGUUGAGAGCAGAGAGGAUGCUGGGAUCUUCCUGAUGCUGACCACCACGGGGCAUUACUCUCUGUUUCCACUUCUCUUCACUGCAGCAGAGCUGCCCAUCAAAGUCCUGCUGAUGCUGCUGUUCACUCUCUACAGCUUCACCUCUUUAAAGAAGUUGUUCAGGGACUCCCUCCUGAACCCCCUGGAAGCCACCUACCUCCUGGGCCUGGUUGCCGUAGAGAUCCUCUGUGAGGUUGUUUACCCUCUGUCGCCAUGGCAGCAUACCCUGCCCUUCGUGCCCCUGCUGUUGACAUCAGUGUACUGCUCUCUGGGAGUCUCUUACUCCUUCAUACGCCUCUACCUCUCUCUACUGAGGCAGGACGGGACAGACAAACACAAACAACUAUGAGACAGAGAGACACUAGUGAGUAGCGAACAAUCCACAAUCAACAAUCCCAUGGUUGCAUCCCAAGGGCCAUAUAGAAUGUCAUUUGCAAUGCACUCUGAGGUGUAAAGAAAUAAAGGUGGCAUUUCAAAAUUUCUGCGAUGCUGUUACGAGUCCAUCCAGAGCAGAUCUUCAAGUGUGCAUCUAUACAGUGGAUAUAAAAAGUCUACACACCCCUGUUAAAAUGCCAGGUUUUUGUGAUGUAAAAGAAUGAGACAAAGAUAAAUCAUGUCAGAACUUUUUCCACUGUUAAUGUUAUACCUAUAAUGUGAACAAUUCAAUUGAAAAAUAAACUGAAAUCUUCGAGGGGGAAAAAAUGAAAAAUAAAAACCUUA